AUGCCACGCGUACCCACGCAGAAAAACGGCAAACGUAUCGCGUUGAUCGGUGCAGGCCCGGCUUCACUUGCCGUCGCUCGAGAUCUGCUGCCCCUGGGUUACGAGGUACACCUUUUCGAGAAGGAAAGUAAAGGUGGCGGCUUCAUGCGUAGUCAGAUCCCGGCUUUUCGACUGCCAGUUGAAGUACUGGAUGAAGAAGUUGAACAGAUUCUCGAUAUGGGGGUGGAAUGCCACUUCGGUCAUGAAAUCACCAGUAUGAAGAGCAUGCUGGAUAUGGACUUCGACGCCUAUUUUGUUGGCACCGGAGCGCCUCGUGGCAGAGACCUGGAACUCCCGGGUCGGGAUGCCGUAGAUGAUCACAUCCACAUCGGCAUUGAUUGGCUGUCGAGCGUGGCGUUUGGUCACACCACAGAGAUCAAAGGCAAAGUCAUUGUUAUGGGUGGUGGUAAUACCGCCAUGGACUGCUGUCGCACCUCUCUGCGCAUGGGCGCUGAAUCAGUGAGUGUCGUGGUCCGUUCUGCUUUCGAAGUCAUGAAAGCCUCGGAGUGGGAAAAAGAAGAUGCCAUGCGGGAGGGCAUUCCGAUCAUCAACAAUCGUCCCCCGAAAGAAUUUGUGCACGAAAACGGCAAACUGAAAGGGGUGCUGUUCGAGUGCGUGGAGCCGGUCAAAGGCGAUGACGGCCGACUCAAGUACGUCCCCAGCGGCGAGCCUGACGUCUUCAUCGAAGCUGACCAUAUUCUGAUGGCUAUCGGCCAGGACAACCACUGUCCCUGGAUUGAACGCGACCUCGGUAUGGAGUUUGAUAAAUGGGAUUGUCCGGUGCUGGACGAAGUCACCUUGCAGUCCACCCAUCCGAAAGUAUUUUUUGGUGGCGACAGCGCAUUUGGUCCGGAAAACAUCAUCUGGGCCUCAGCACAUGCACACCAGGCAGCCAUCAGCAUCCACCUUUUGUGCGAAGGCAAGGAUCUGAAGAAAGACCGGCCACCCCAGGGCGUUAAUCUCCUGUCUACGAAGAUGGGUGUUCACGAAUGGGCCUAUGAUGCUGAAUAUGAUGCAUCCGCGCGCUACGCCGUCCCUCUGGUGGAGAAACAAUCGGCGUUAUCCAAUUACAAAGUUGAAGUCGAACUGGGAUUUGACCAGGAACUCGGUGCAGCGGAAGCACAGCGUUGUCUGAACUGUGAUGUGCAGACAGUGUUUACCGACAAACUGUGUAUCGAGUGUGACGCUUGUGUCGACAUCUGUCCUAUGGAUUGCAUUACCUUUAUAGAAAAGGCGCCGGAGCAGGAACUUCGCCAGCGGCUCACUGCACCGGCACUGAAUAUGGAGCAGGAUUUAUAUCUGUCUGAUGAUGUCAGCUAUAACGAUUUUGUUAUCCGUUUCGCCAACGUAAAUGGCUCGGGUUCAGCCAGCGCAAACGGUAUGUUUGCCAAAGCACUGUUCCGCAUGGGCAUACCGGUUGCGACACGUAAUAUCUUCCCUUCGAAUAUCCAGGGGCUGCCGACCUGGUUUGAAGUCAGAGUCAGCGAAGCUGGUUAUAUGGGCCGUCGGGAAGGUGUCGACAUCAUGGUGCCGAUGAAUGCUGAGACCCUGGUGGAAGAUAUUGCUUCAGUCAAACCUGGCGGAUAUCUGGUUUACGACAACUCCAAGCCGCUGCCCAAACAUCUGCGACGGGAUGAUAUCCAUGAAGUGGGUAUUCCCAUUGCCACUAUGUUGUUGCCUGAAUUCAGCGAUCCGAAACAACGCAGCCUGUUUAAAAACAUCACUUAUCUCGGCGCGCUGGCCGGCUUGUUAAAUAUCGAGUUUGAUGUCAUCACCGGCAUGGUGGCGACGCAAUACAAAGGUAAAGACACACUCAUCGCACCCAACAUACGCGCGCUGGAAAUCGGCCGUCAGUAUGCUUACGACUACCUGGAGGCGCCGUUGCCGAUACAGGUACGCCGAUCCGACAAAGUUGGCGAUCGCAUCAUGGUUGACGGUAAUGCUGCUGCCGGCCUUGGAUCUAUCUAUGGCGGCGCCACAGUCUGUGCCUGGUACCCAAUCACACCGUCAACGUCGGUGGCAGAAGCUUUUGAGCAACAUGCCAAUCGUCUGCGCAUCGACGCUGAAACCGGACAGAAGAAAUUUGCCAUUAUUCAGGCCGAAGAUGAACUUGCAGCGAUCGGUAUUGUGAUUGGUGCUGCCUGGAAUGGCGCUCGAUCAUUCACCGCGACCAGCGGCCCGGGUGUUUCGCUGAUGUCCGAAUUCCUCGGGUUGGCGUACUUUGCUGAAAUUCCUGCAGUUUUAUGGGAUAUCCAACGUGCAGGGCCUUCCACAGGCAUGCCGACACGCACCCAGCAGAGCGACGUGUUGUCUGCCGCAUUUGCCUCUCAUGGCGACACCAAGCAUCCACUGCUGUUCCCCUCCACGCCGAAAGAAUGUUUUGAUUUUGCCGCGGAAGCAUUGGAUCUGGCCGACAGACUGCAGACACCUAUUAUCAUUCUGUCUGACCUUGAACUGGGCAUGAAUGACAACUUAAGCGAACCGUUUGUAUGGGACGAAAAUCGAAAUUACGAUCGCGGUAAAGUCCUCACUGCAGACGAUCUUGAUCAGUUGGAUGUGUUUGGUCGGUAUCUUGAUGUGGAUGGUGAUGGCAUCGGCUAUCGAACCUAUCCGGGCACGCAUCCGGACAAAGGUGCGUUUUUCACCCGCGGCACGUCGCGGGAUGAAUUUGCCGCGUAUACCGAAUCCCCUGAUGCGUACCAGCGCAAUAUGGAACGCUUGCUGAAAAAAUGGGAUACCGCAAAAACUCUGGUGCCAGCAGCGGAAAUCAGCACAGGCAAGAGCCGGGUAGGGGUGCUUUAUUACGGCACAACAGCACUGCCGAUGCCUGAGGCUCUGGAUCUGCUGCAACCCGAAGGCGUGGUUCUGGACACCUGCCGAAUCCGCGCCUUUCCAUUUGGCGAAGAGGUAACAUCGUUUAUCGACGAUCACGACGUGGUGUUUGUGGUUGAGCAGAACAGGGAUGCUCAGAUGCGCACCCUGUUGAUUACCGAAGGCGAUUUCUCGCCUGCUAAACUGGUGCGUGUGAACUACUAUGCCGGACUGUCAAUCUCGGCAGACUUUAUUCAACAAAACAUUCUGGAAUAUUUUCAGGAAAAUAAAUUACCGCGUUUAACUGAGGCACAUCACCCGAAUCUGCCGCUGAACGAAAUCGGCCUUACCCGGCGUGAUUAUGAAGGCUCGGCCUGUGCUGAGCUGUCGCUGCCGCCGCAUCGAUUUGCCAAAGUAUCAGGGUCAAAUCUUGCCAAUCGUGAGCUGUAUUGUGUUGGCGUAUCUGGUGAUGGAGACAGCGCCUCUAUUGGUCUUGGACAGUUUGCACACAUCGUGCGUCGUCGCAUCAAUAUGCUCUAUAUUGUUGAUAACAAUGGUACUUAUGGGCUCACUAAAGGCCAGUUUUCCGCCACCAAUGACAAAGGCUCCACAUCCAAAAAAGGUGCCCCGAACCUUUAUGAACCCAUAGACCUGGUCAGCAUGGCGUUGCAGCUGGGGGCAACCUUUGUGGCGCGCAGCUUCUCUGGCGACAAGCACCAGUUGGUGCCUUUGAUCAAGGCCGGUUUGCGCCACAAGGGCAUGGCGUUUAUCGACGUUAUUUCGCCUUGCGUGGCGUUUAACAACCACGCGGGAUCUACAAAAAGCUACGACCACGUGCGCUCGCAUAUGCAGAAUGUGGUGAAUGCGGAUUACAUCCCCGAACAUGAUGAAAUCACUGCUGACUACAAACCCGGCAGCAAAGAAGAUAUCAGCAUGCCGGAUGGAUCCACGCUGCGUCUUUACAAACUUGACGACCAGUAUGACCCUCACGACAGGGUUGGCGCGUUGAAUUAUGUGCAGCGCAGCGCCGAAACUGGAGACGUCGUCACAGGGCUGCUCUACGUAGAUCCAAAAGCAUCAGAUUGCCAUGAUGUUAUGGAUACGAUUCAGAGACCGUUGAAUCAGCUCAAUGAAGCGGAUUUGUGCCCCGGCCAAGCCUCACUGGAUGCAAUCAACGCAGGACGCGACGUGGCGCUACCCACCCUCGAAGAUUACUUCCCCGAUUGGAAAGAACGUGAAGCCCUGGCUGAAGCGAUGAUUCCCUUAAUUGGCCAACUCUACCGGCGCAAUGUGGUGUGUUACUGCUUUGGUCGUGCAAUGUAUAACCAGAGCGUGACACAGCUGAUGAAAACUCAUCGCUAUGUACGCCAGAUAGCCAACAACGAACUGUCUGAAUUCGAGAGUUUUCCAGUCCUCGAAGCCAUGUCAAAACUUGACCUUGGCCCCAGCCAUAUAGACGUGGGGCGCCUGGCGACCAAAUACAUGGAAGAGCUGGAAGCAGGUGAAGUAUCAGCAACGAUGUUUGUCGAAAGAGAAUGUGCUGAAGUCAUUGGUCGGCAUGUACCCCCUUUACCACAACCCCAGGAUAUCGUGUUGUACGGCUUUGGCCGUAUCGGUCGGCUGCUGGCGCGUUUGCUAAUCGAAAAGACGGGCAGCGGGCAGCAGUUACGGCUGCGCGCUAUUGUAGUUCGUAAAGGCAGCGAUGACGAUCUUAUCAAGCGCGCAAGCCUGUUGCGCCGCGACUCGGUUCACGGCAGCUUUGAAGGCACCAUUCGGGUUGAUGAAGAAAACAGCGCUAUUAUUGCCAACGGUAACGUCAUACGCGUGAUUUACGCAGGUAACCCGGCAGAAAUCGACUAUGAAUCUUUCGGCAUACACAAUGCCGUGAUCAUAGACAACACCGGUGCAUGGCGAGAUCAGGAGGGCCUGGGGCAACACCUGAAAGCAAAAGGCGCAGCCAAAGUUGUGCUCACUGCACCAGGCAAGGGUGCCAUCAAAAACAUCGUGUCCGGGGUUAACUCCAACAUCGUUGAUAAAGACGACACAAUUCUCGGCGCCGCGAGCUGCACAACCAACGCCAUUGUGCCCGUGUUGAAGGUUGUUAAUGAACAUUUCGAGAUCGUUAACGGCCACAUGGAAACUGUGCACGCCUAUACUAACGAUCAGAACCUGACCGACAAUUACCAUAAGAAAAAUCGACGCGGACGCAGUGCACCGUUGAACAUGGUGAUUACGGAGACGGGUGCUUCAUCUGCGGUUGUCAAGCUGAUGCCCGAGAUGGAAGGCAAACUGACCGGUAACGCGAUUCGCGUACCGACCCCCAACGUAUCGCUGGCCAUCCUCAACCUGACACUGGGUCGUGAAACCACGGCUGAAGAGAUGUCAGAAUUUUUACGUGACGUCAGCCUGAACAGUAACCUGCAGCGCCAGAUUGACUACACGACAUCGCCGGAUGUUGUGUCAACGGACCUGGUUGGUAAUCGGCAUGCGUGCAUUAUUGAUGGCGAAGCCACUAUCGUCAGUGGCAAUCGUGCGGUUUUAUACGUCUGGUACGACAAUGAAUUUGGCUAUGCCUGUCAGGUGAUCCGGGUUGUGCAGAAGUGGUCAGGCAUCUCCUAUCCAUUGAUCCCCAACGACGUUUUCAAACUGGGAUUCUGA